AUGAGGAAGAAUUAUCUUCAAGGAUGCCCCCAAAAUGACAAAGAACAAAUAAAACUCAAGAUUACCAUUCAUGAUAAUUCUACUAAAGGAGUGGAUGAUAAUGCAACAAUACUUUCCUCCUAUAUUGGCACAAUAGUCAAAGCUUAUGCUCCAUUUUAUGUGCGAUUAUGGCGAAAUGUUCCAAAUGAGAUUAAGGAGCACAUUCGGAGUUGUGUGCUGGAUGAAUUCGACCAUAACUUCGGUCAUAGCAAGAAUUUGAGAACUGUGAAUGAGUUGAUAACUACACUAUUUCAACGUCACAAAGGACAAUGUCAUGACCACGUCAAGAAGUUUGAGACGUUGGAAGAGGCUGCGCAGUCCCCUUUCCAGCAGAUGAAGUUAGAAGAUUUGAGAAAAUGUUGUAAUCUUUUCGCAUCUCCAGAUUAUCAGCACUUAAGUUCUACAAAUGUACAGAAUAGAUCCGCUCUGACUAUCCACCAUCGUGCCGAUGCAAGGUUAUUCUACCGUCUUGCUGAAAAAAUGAUAAUUAAUAAAUUAUAGAAUUUAUUUAUUUUUCUGAUAUUUUUUUAUAUAAGUACUAACACUAUCUUUUUAAAAUUGCUAAUGUCGCUUUGUUAAAAACAUGAUGAUCCUGAAAACUUUUCUCUCGUGUAUGUCUAUUCUGCUGCUCACACUAAUAAGCGUAGUAAGUGGAUGGAUCCUACCACUACAGAUAAUUAUCUAAGCAGUGUUAAUUUUGUUAAACAAAUUAUUCAACAUGUUAUCUAGAUUAUUUUUUAUUUGUAUUUAUUUUAAUACGUUACUUAUUGUGAAUUUUCUUUUAAAUUACAAGAAAAAAUGAUGGAAAUACAGUCAACUUCUGGGGAAUCCUCCCUAAGUGCUCGGGCCCAAGUCUAAUAUGGCAAGAGGUUUGGGAUGAUCUUUCAAGCAUUCCUAUUCAUCUUUCUCAAUCUCAUCAACUUCAAAAAUUAAUAAUUUUACCAAAGAUUUAGAAGCUGCACGGCUUGAGAAUGAGUAUAUGAGGUCAAGAUAGUAAGAGUUGGAGUCUAUCUUAGAGCGACAUACUCAUUUAGAGACACGUUUACAAGACCAACAGAGAGACCAAGAGGAAAGAAUACGACGCAGUGAAGUCCAAGAGUAAGUGCAGUGAGAAAUAAUGGUGCAAAUGAAGCAUGUUAUGCCAUUGCAAUAGAAUCGCGGUGGGCGAGGA